AUGUUGAUGUCUCGGCAGAUGUCGGUGGCGAUGACCCUGAUUCUGGCAUUGGACGUUCUGACGCUCUCACAGGCAAGGGCUGGUGGUGCUUGCGAGUGUCAGAACUGGGCGGACGUCUACUACAGAGGCCUUGCUUCAUGCGGUCGUGCCAACGAGCUGUAUUUUCUCAGCAAGUGGGGCUUCUCGGCCGCAUAUGCUGCUACCGAGCCCAUCACUGGCUUGCCCCACAAAAUCUGCGCGGACUUCUUCAAGAACUUCCUGAGCACAGCUUGUGUGAACGUGGACCUGCUCGGGGGAUCCAAGCCCACCAACCGCUCUGGUCAGCAGUGGUGCUACGUUAGCAACGACUGCGAUAAUCUCAAUGGCGGCGAGUACGCUUCGAAUCAGAUCGGUUUCGCCCAGGGUGCCUGGAACAAUCUGCAAAGUGCGAGCACUCUGGCCUGGAAGAUCUGCGAGCCAACUGCAGACGCCAUGCUGAAGCACAUGUCAGUCCAAGAGGUCAUCGAUGCCGCAACCGAGAGUGACGUCAGCUUGUCUCGGGUCAUGCGCUUGGCCUACCCCGCCGUCAACAUCACUUACGGUGAGGCCGCCGCCUUCCUGGAGGCAGUCAACGACGCCUACUCCAACACCUCGACGCUGGAGGAGAUGGUGGACUCCGUCGACGCCCCUGCCCCCGUCUGGGGCAGUGCCGCCGCGAGCGUCCACGGCCGCCUGGCCGCCGUCGUGAAGUCCGAGCAGGCCACCAUACUCGAUUCGCCGGGCCACGGCGACAACUUCCACGUGGUUCAGGGCCGCGCGGUGUACGAGGUCAAGAGGGUCCCGAACGGCAACAUGGCGUACCUGGGCGGACACUUCGCGGACGAGUUCACAGUCUCUUGCAUCCUGGGUUGCGCCCUGGCCGAGCGCCUCGACGCGGUCGACUUGGAGACGCUGUGA